GAGCAAAAACUGGCCUAGGAAGUCGUCAUUGUACAUUUUGCGGACGGAUGGAAAGAGCUGCUCUCGCGAGCUUGUGACAGGAACUGGAAAGCUACAUUUCGCUUAUCCAAGCACACAACAGCACCUGCUCGUAUGGCGGCAUCGACCAAAGAGCGUGAUGGUGAUUAUGAAGCUCGGCGAUGAGCUGCUCCAGCCCUUUCUGGAGGUGAUAGACUUCCUGGGGAGAGAGCACAGCUUGCGUGUCGUGGUGGAGCCUCACGUAUAUGAUGAGUUCCUGCGGGGCCGACCCGGUUACCCCUACGUCUACACAUUCACUGCCAGUGAUAAAGACAGGUUAGCGGAGUACGUGGACUUCGUGGUUUGUAUCGGAGGGGACGGAGUCAUCCUGCACUCCUCCUGCCUAUUCAAGCACAGCAUACCCCCGCUCAUCGCCUUCAACAUGGGCUCCAUGGGCUUCCUGACGAACCACGACUUUCCCAACUUCCGGCGGGACCUCAUGGACGUUAUCUACGGGGGACAGAAACUGGACAGCUGCACGCUGCUGUCCCUGGACUCGGUCAACUCAAUGGAUGAGCCGGGAAACAGCCUGGGUGUAAUGGUGACGCUGCGCAUGCGGCUGGUGUGUGAGAUCUGGCGCAAGGGCGGCAGCGGCCCGGAGCAGUCCGUGGAGGUGCUGAAUGAGAUGGUCAUAGAUCGGGGCUCCAGCGCCUUCCUCACCAACAUUGAGUGCUACGAGAAGGGGCGAUUCAUUGCCCGCGUGCAGGCGGAUGGCAUCAUGCUGGCCACCCCCACUGGUAGCACCGCCUACUCGGUGGCUGCGGGCGGCAGCAUGGUGCACCCCAACGUCCCCGCCAUACUGCUGACGCCGGUCUGCCCCCACUCGCUCAGCUUCCGACCCAUCAUACUGCCCGACUACGCAGAGCUGGAGCUGCGCAUCCCCGAUAACGCCCGGUGCACCGCCUGGGUGUGUUUCGACGGCCGCUCACGACAGGAGCUGGGCCGCGGUGACAGCGUCAAGGUGCGCAUGUCGGAGAACCCAGUACCCACCAUCAACCGAACCGACCUCACCAGCGACUGGUUCGACUCCCUGGAGCGUUGCUUCCGCUGGUCGGACCGCACGGUGCAGAAGCCGCUGGAGCUCGAAGGGCCCUGA